AUGGUAGUAUUUUGUGCAACAACGCGAGACCGAGUGAUUUUUCUUGGCUGUGACGAUCGAUGUAGCUUUAGUUUGAGCAAACCACCCGAAUUAUUUACUGCCUUCCCUGAUGUAGCAGCGACGAUUUCGCUCUUUCUAUGCGUGUGUUGUGAGAUGAACGAACACACUCCGUCGCACAGUCUCAGAUCAACAAACUCGCAGGCGACACGACGAACAGGCAUUCGAACGCAGCAAUCGGAGCGGUACACUUCAGACGAGCUAGGAUCUCGCGGCGGCUUGACCUCGAUUAUCACCAACCUGAGCAACGCUUCCAGCAACCCAGCCUCGCCGCAGUUCUUACAGGAGCAUAGCCAGUCUCAUUUACGAUCACCUCCUCCUCCGACGUACCUCACUCUCAACGACCUCGCCGCCAUCGCAAGACGCCGCGUCACCAGCCGGCAGUCAUCGACCUCGUCCGUGUCCACGACCGCAUCACACCCUACCAGUGGCCGCGCUCGCAACAGCGCCGCUUCUGGCUAUCAUCACUUAGCUGCUGGUGACGCAGGCUUGUCAUCGAGCGGCGGAAGUGUUGGUGCGGUGGGCAUUUCACGUCUCGGGAGACCUCCGCAAUCGACAGUCGCAUCCCCGGCAUCGUCGACCGGUACACACGGCGCGGGCAGCUCGUCUGGACAACUGAACAGCUUGCUCUUGACGCAGCUGAACAUACUGCUGAGCACCUUGAAAGGAGAGGCAGACAGGACAAAGUGGACAGCACAAUUGGACAAAAUCCGGAAGCUCGUCAGCGACAGUGGGAUGGAGUUAUUCACGACAUAUUUUCGACGAUUGCUGCAGAGCAAUGCGUCCACAGUCAUUUCUAGCACACCUCGCGCUCCCGAAAACGCCGGCAACUAUGAACUACUGAUCGAAGAAGUGCAGAAGCUGGUUAAGGAGCCGCGGCAAGCACAGCAGAUCGCAGAAGCCCUCGACACCAACGAGGGGGACGUGUUCCGAGACUUUGAACUGCAGGCUUUCCUCGACCACUUCGCAUUGGACCCCGUCGCGCGCGUCGCACUGCUGCAACCGCUGCGAACAGUGUCAAUCCCGAGUUUGCGACAAAAAGCGGACUCGCUUUUGACCGCGACCUUCCCUCUAUUCCUCCAGACCCUCGCCGCCCAACCGCUCCACGCCGCCGACGCCGACGUCGACCCCGCGCCAUCAGUACUAGCAUCGAUUAUCGAGCGAGUCAUCCACGAUCCGCGCGGUCUCAGCGACGAACUCCGCGAAAACCUCUUCUACGCGGUGCGCAUCUACUAUCGCACCCGCGGCUUGCGCACGCCAUAUGCAGUCGAGUCGGCGAUGCUGCUGGACGAGCUGCUGCAAUCGCAGCAAGACUCGCGUCUUGUGAAGCGCUUGCAGCAUGAAGGGCCGCAAGCGACCGCGAGCCUCGAGGCCUGCAAGGAGGUGCUGGCAGGAGCAGAAACACGCGACUUCUCCUACUCGCAGAUCGCAAAUGUGCUCCUGUACAUGGUCCUCGUGCAAAAUGGCGACGCGUACAAUCCCUCCGUCUUCGUCGAGGCUGUCCGUCAGCACCGCGCCGGAGCGCGGAUAGACUGGACUGAUGUGGUCACGGGCUUCGACAAGGAGGGUCUGCGAGUGUCAAAAAAGCAAUUUCUGCUGCUGUACAAUGCGCUGCUCCCGCUGGCGAGGGAGUACGCCAACUUCGACAUCCAGCUACUCUGGGGCGGUAAUUGGCACUGCCAGGAGACACAGUUGAGCUUCGUGGUGGCCUUUCUGUCCAUGACGCCGGAAGAACUGGAUGUCAUGCAAAUACCGAAUCUGAGGCAGGCAUUCGAGUUGACGAGCUUCGCAACGGCAUCUGACAAGAUCCGCGCUUUCGCAGAGAAGGCUAUCAAGCAUCCGCUGGUAUCACUGGACGCUACAGAAGCUCUCUUCACCAUGAUCUUCCGGUCACAGGAAACGUACAAUAUGGCUCAACAGCUUGGUAUUCCUGACAAUAUCAUCAACCAGAAUAUGACGACUUUCGUUUGCGCCGCAUCGAAUGUGCCGAAGCCGUGGGGGCCUUUGCAAGAGCAAGCGCUGAAGCAGCUAUUCUUUCCAUUCUUGAUGAAACAGCAUGGAAACUACGAUUUUGUCAUGCACGCUCUGUGGCAGCACGAUAAGCAUUGGGUGGCUACUCGACUCAUCGAGUGGUACAACACAGAUCCGAACCUUCUCGGCCUGGUGUACGACCACGCUCUCGAACACGGCUGGCUCGAGCUCCUCUUCACCCUACCCAGUAGCUUCGCGGUGGACCUUGCUGCGUACGCGCACGGGAAGGGCCAAUGUAACCUCGUUGACUGGGCUCGGAAUCACAUCAGUGGCAUGGGUCCACCACAAUUCGCUGCGGCAAUGACGGAUUUCCUACAGUCCAAGAUGCAGGACGAGACCGUGGUGCAGCGCGACCAGGUCGCUCCAACAACGCCGCCACUGACUCUGAAGACCAUACAUGCCUUGCUUGGGCUCAUCAGUGAUGCUCUAUAUGAGGACCAGAAGACUGAACUCUUCCGUCAUUGCUUGCAACUGUAUCCCAGACUAUUCAACUAUGGCGAGGAUGAUGCACGCGACGCAGUCAUCGAUGCCAACAGUGGGCGCGGCCAUUCGUUGCCGGAACAGGCGACGCAAGAGAUGGAAGAGCGCUACAAGCAGAUGUACGGCGGGCAAACCACUCCUGACAGCCUCGUGACUGAGCUCAGGCGGCUGAAGGCAUCUGACAACCCCUCAGAACAAGAGCUCUUCGCUGCCAUGCUGUUCGGUCUGUUCGAGGAGUACAAUUGCUUCGGAGAAUACCCUAAUGAAGCUCUUGCGACGACGGCUGUGUUAUUCGGUGGAUUGGUGUCUCACAAGGUUGUGUCGGGCAUUGCAGAACAACAAGCCAUUUUUAUGAUCUUGGAUGCCGUGACGCAGUCUAGCACUGAGGACCCGAUGUAUCGCUUUGGCUUGCAAGCUCUGAUCCAUGUUCUUCCCCGCCUGAAGGAAUGGCCUCCUCUGGCGGAACGCAUCCUGCGUAUCCCCAGUCUUCGUGGGACGAGUGCCAUGGAAGCUGCGGAGACCGUGCUCAAGGAGGCUCAACCACAGUCGGCUGGAUUGAACGGCGAAGCCACCAAUGGACUCACCAACGGCGUACUGGACGAUGAGGAAUUCGAGGUUGUCGCGCCUGCCUUUACCGCCAUCCAGGUCGACCCGCCGAACCCGAACAUCGCAUACGAAGACCCGAACGAGGAUAUCUCCGACAAAGUCACCUUCGUCCUAAACAACGUCUCGAAAAGGAAUCUGGAUGAGAAGUUCAAGGAGAUUGAGAGUGCGCUCGAGGAGAAAUACAUCCAAUGGUUUGCCCAUUAUCUUGUUGAUGAGCUCGCCAAAUCUCAGCCAAACUUCCAAAGCCUGUAUCUUCAAAUUCUGGAGAAUUUCAACAAGAAGUUGCUCUGGGCUGAAGUGCUUCGCGAGACAUAUUUGAGUUGUCAGAAGAUGCUCAAUGCGCAAGCCACAAUGGAGAACCAGCAUGAACGAGCGACUCUCAAGAAUCUGGCAGGCUGGCUCGGACAAAUAACACUUGCACGCAAUCAGCCCAUUCUGCAUCGCAAUCUGUCGUUCAAGGACUUACUGCUUGAGGCUCACGAUAACGAAAGACUACUCGUGGCCAUUCCAUUCACAUGCAAGACGCUCGUUCAAGCCGCGCACUCCAAGGUCUUCAAGCCGCCGAAUCCGUGGAUUGUUGAGCUAUUGGGCCUACUCAGCGAACUCUACCACGGCUCAUCGCUCAAGCUGAACAUGAAGUUCGAGAUCGAAAUGCUGUGUCGAGAGCUCAGUAUGGACAUCAAAUCCAUCGAGCCGCUCGAUAUCAUUCGAUCGAGGCCUACGUUGGACCAAAACAACAUGCUCACGAAUUACAUUCCAGAAGGUCCGGAUGCCUUUGGGGAGAUGACUUUGAUGGGGCUGUCCAAGCGUGGCCCCAACGAACGCUUCUCGCCUGAAGCUGUUAUCUCUCAAGUGCCGGAUCUUGGACAUAUGCUGCAAAUCCCACAGGCCGUUGGCACGACCACUCCUGCUCAGAUGAAGGCCAUCUUUGUCAAUGCAGCACAACAGGCUAUUUACGAGAUAAUAGCUCCGGUGGUCGAGCGUUCUGUAACCAUUGCUAGCAUUUCUACUGCAGAACUGAUACAGAAGGAUUUCGUCACCGAGGCUGAUGUGGAGAAGAUGCGCAAUGCGGCUCACACGAUGGUGAAGUCGUUGUCCGGGAGUCUCGCUCUUGUCACAUGCAAAGAGCCUCUGCGGAUGAGCAUCACCAACAACAUCCGUCUCUUGGCCGGACGAUCCUUGCCCGAACAGUUGCCGGAAGGUCAAAUCUUGAUGUUCGUAAACGACAACAUCGACACAGUCUGUCGACUUGUGGAACAAGCAGCAGAAGAUCAUUCCCUGGCGGAGAUUGAUUUGCAACUGCAGGAAGCCUUGACGGAGCGACAGCAACAUCUUGAUCAGCGGCCGAAUGAGUCGUUCUCCCAUGUACCAGUUAGUCGAUGGUCGACUCUCAUCCCAGAACCCUACAGACAGGAUCAAAAUGGAUUGAACAGGCAGCAACUGGCACUCUAUGAGGAUUUCGGUCGACAAGCUCGCAUCACACCAGCAGCUCAUGCCGGGUCUGCCUCGCAGGAUGGCACGCGUGCAAUGACAGAUGUGCUCGGCGAUAGCUACCUCCCGAACAUGCCAACUCCCGCUGAGGCGCCUGCGAUGCCUCAUCCAGGUCAGGCACAGCGUAUUCCCGGCAUGCAAGGCGGACUACCACGCGCCAACGGCUACCUUGAUCCUGCGAGUCUCAAUGAUCGUAUCAUCACAUUGAUGUCUGAGCUUCAACAAGCGUCGCGAGAGGCACCCGAAGAACAUAUCAGCGAGAUCGGCGAAGGUGCCACCAUCCGGCGCGUGUACGGACAACUACUAGUCUUGAUCGAAAGUGCUCCACAACCUGAGACUACAGUGCAAGCGUGCGCGAGCCACUGCCUCGGAUUGAUCUAUGGCGAAGCUCAAAAGCGACUGGAAAUCGAAGUUCUCGCUCGUUUCCUCACCCAGCUGUGCCGAAUGUCGCAACAGGCCUGCCGACAGAUUACUAUGACGAUUGCUACCGUCGAGGACGACAGAAUUUUCAACGCGCCAGCCACCAUCGCUCUCCAAGGUGAAAGCUUGCUUGACGUCCAGCACAUCGAUUCAUUGAUUAGCAAGGCGCUCAAGCAGAGGCGCCCCGUCGCUUUGUCAUUCUUCAAGGAGAUUGUAGAAGAACUACUCCUGGGCGAGGAAGCGGUAGCUCAUCGUGCUGAGUUCUCAUCAUCGUAUGAGGCACUUGCCCAGUGGCUGAACAGCCUGUCGAGUCCAGAAGGCUCGCCCCAGUCGUUCCCGCAAGAGGCACUGAUUGGCAGAGAGAUCAUGCGCAUACUGCAAGGCUCGUCGAACUACACCAAUGGCUUGCCGAGUCCAGAGACUGAUCCUAAGCACGCCGAUCAACAAGAGUACCUCUUUGAGGAGUGGAUCAAGCUGCAGCGCGUGGGCGCAGAGAAUCAUCGCUAUCUGGCGUUCAUCUCACAACUGCACGAAAAAGGCAUCCUUGCCGACCCGGAGAGCAACCUCAAUUUCCUCCGUACGUGCCUGCGGUAUUCAAUCGAGCACUUUGAGGUUGUCAGCAGCAGGCCUUACGGCACUAUUGACAUCGCCUAUAUCGCCGUCGACGCUCUGGCCAAGCUGGUAACCAUGUUGGUGCUGUUCCAGGCUCCUGCCGACGCUGACCGACCCGUCAACAAGGCGAAGAACCUCGAAGGUUUCAUUCGCUUGGCGGUGCUGGUUAUGAACGAUGCCCACAACAAGCAUGGUGAGCGCUUCAACAGCCGCUUCUAUUUCAGGUUGUUUUCUGCUGUCUUGUGUGAGAUUGACGCACACAAAGCGCAAGUGACGCCCGAACAGGAGGUCGAAUUCAACAGAGUCAUCGCCACAACUCUGCAAGUGCUGCAGCCACGAUUUUUCCCUGGAUUCCUUCACGCAUGGAUCGCUCUUCUGAGCCAUCGUCUCCUCGUGCCGGCUUUCCUGGUGAAUGGUCGGAACAACGGAGGAUGGAAUCAAUUCACAAAGCUGCUGGCGGUCUUGUUCCAGAACUUAGACGACAUCUUCUCGUCUACAGAGUUAUCUGCAGUAGCACCGGACUUUUAUCGCGCGGUGGUUAAGUUCAUGAUGAUUCUGCACCACGACUUCCCGGAUUACCUGGUCGAGAACCACAUGCAGCUGAAUGCUAUCAUCCCAGCUCACUGCGGCCAGCUGCAGAACAUUGUAACCAGCGCGGCUCCACAAUCUCAGUCAUCGCAGCCAAAUCCUUUUGCGCCUGGCCUGAAGAUCAAUAGACUUGACCAGGUCCGCAUUGCUCCAUCGGUCUUCUCUGAUGUUGACAACGUACUCGAAGAGGCUGGUGUGAAAGCUGCCAUGGAGCGUGUCUGCCAGUCAAACGAGCUGAGCGAGCAGAACUUCGCCUUCCUGCAAGCUGUUGUGGACCGUGCGGAUGGCCAAAUUAGCCCGAUUCUGAUCAACGCACUGGUCCUUGAGGUUGGCAUCAAUGCUACUUCAGUGUCAUCGGCGUUCUCGUCUGUCACUGCUGCAGCGCGCCUCCUUACUCGUCUGCUUCAAGAAAGCGGCCCACGAGCACGCUACCAUCUCAUCCUGGCAAUGACGAACCAGCUUCGCUACGUCAACUCGCACACGCAUUACUUCUCUACUGCUCUACAGCACAUCUUUAGCACGAGCCAACAAGAUCUGCAAGAGCAGAUUCUGCGAGUCAUUUGCGAGCGUAUGAUGCAUGACCGUCCUCAUCCUUGGGGACUUCUAGUGUUGUUGCUAGAGAUGAUCAAGAAUCCGAACUACAACCUGCUUGAGCAAUCUUGGGUCAGAGCUGCGCCACAGGUCGAGCAGCUUCUCGUGACUCUGACCCACCCGAAUCAACCGCUUAGCAGCAGUCCCUUUAGUGGACGCUUGCCGAUCGGUGCUCGCAACUAGGCAUCGGCACCUGCUCGACGCAGAGAGAUGGCGGCAGAUGGUGGAAGAACGUAGGAGAGGACGGCGAGCCCUUCAAUUUGGCAAGAAGGGGAGAUUUCCCGUCGUUUCGGUUGUAUGUGUGUAAAGAAAUGACUCGCUGUACUAUCACUUUUUGAAAAGAAUUCAUGCAUGCCUUGGCAUCUGGGAACACGGGCGUUUCGAAAGAGACAGAUGGGAAGGCUUACAGUGAAAAAGUUCGUGACUGGUUGUUGCAUGGCUCGGGCUGGACUGAUGAGAGAUGAUGAUUAUGUAGAAUAGUGCAUAGUUGUUAAUGAAUGCAUGCAUGAGUUGGUCG